AUGAUGACAUCAGAACAGAGUUCAGAGACUUCCGUUAUCGAUAAGACUUUCCAGAUUAGGAAGGAGGUUAAAGCCCGGAAGGCCAUCUUGGCUUGGAGCCUCCUUAAUGUGUCUAUUGCAGGCAUGAUAUAUACUGAAAUGAGUGGGAAACUCAUAAGCUCCUACUACAACAUCUCAUACUGGCUACUGUGGUAUAUUGAACUUGCCUUUGCAUCUGUGUUCAGCCUGAAUGCCUUGUUUGAUCUCUGGUUGUACUGCAAAUACACACUGGCACCGACAACUGUGGUCAUGAGUCCUGGCCAGAGGAGACUGCUGGGCUUGCAGAAUGUAGCUGUACAAACAACUCCACCACGUGAGCUGGCAGCAAAGGAGGACCCAUCUUCAACACCUUCUCCUCCAAUCCAGGGUCAAAGUGUGCUGAGUUACAGCCCCUCUCGCUCCCCUAGUGCCAGUCCAAAGUUUACUACUGGUUGUAUCACAGGCUACAGUCCUCAGCUACAGGCUCUGUCAAGCAACAACAGUUCUCACAGCAGUAUAACCUAUUCACCAAGUGGCAGCUACAGUAAGGUUUAUGGCUUCAGCCCCUUUCCUACUGGAUCUAUGUACACCACGAGUAUUGGGCCAGUGGAAGGUGGUGGCCUGAGGUCUCGUUACCGCUCUUCACCCGUGUUCUAUAAUUCUCCUACUGGCAAAGAAGACUACAUGACAGACCUCAAGUCCCUGGAUACCUUCCUUCGAGGUGAAGAAGAGAAGCAGCAGAGGGUUCAGCUAGGAAGUUCAGAUUCCAGCUCUCCUUCCAGCAGCCCGACUUUCUGGAACUACAGCCGUUCCAUGGCAGACUAUGCACAGAUGCUCAGGAAGUUCCAGUAUCAGCUGGCUUGCAGGUCCCAGGCUCCAUCAGCACACAAGGACGAAGCUGAUAUGAGCUCAAAACAGGCUGCAGAAGAGGUUUGGGCACGGGUGACGAUGAAUCGACAGCUCCUUGAUCACAUGGAUUCCUGGACUGCCAAGUUCAGAAACUGGAUUAAUGAGACCAUUCUAGUGCCACUUGUCCAAGAGAUUGACUCUGUGAGCACUCAGCUGAGAAGAACGGGGUGUCCAGAGCUGCAGAUUGGAGAAGCCAGCAUCAGCAGCCUGAAGCAGGCAGCACUUGUUAAAGCUCCUCUCAUUCCAACCCUGAACACUAUUGUGCAGUACCUGGAUCUUACACCAAACCAGGAGUACUUGGUGGAAAGGAUUAAAGAGCUUUCCCAGGGAGGAUGCAUGAGUUCAUUCCGAUGGAACAGAGGAGGGGAUUUCAGGGGCAGGAAGUGGGACACAGACCUGCCCACAGACUCCUCUAUCAUUAUGCACGUGUUCUGCACUUACCUCGACUCCAGGCUCCCGCCUCACCCCAAGUAUCCCGACGGCAAAACCUUCACUUCCCAGCACUUCGUUCAGAUACCAGAUAAACCAGACACUUCAAAUGAGAACGUCUUCUGCAUCUACCAAAGCAGCAUCAAUCCACCUCACUAUGAGCUCAUCUAUCAGGGCCAGACCCACAACCUGCCCAAGGGCAGGAACAACAUGUUCCACACCUUGCUGAUGUUCCUGUAUAUCAUAAAGACGAAAGAAUCUGGGAUGCUGGGGCGUGUAAACCUGGGAUUAUCGGGAGUCAACAUCCUGUGGAUCUUUGGAGAGUAACACCUCUGUCAGGACACUGCAUCCGAGGAAUGAUGCUCCUCUGGUGAACUCAGUCACUACCUUGUUGAUUUAAUCAUAGACUUAAUAAGAUGGGCUGAUUUAAGCUCAGCUUUGUUGGCAGAGAGGGGAAGAUGUGUAAUUCCUACCUUAUUUUUUUAAGUUUUUACAUUCUUUUAUUAUUUGACUCAUUUUUGCUGUUGAAACACUCAUACUUCCCAGUGCCAGGUGGGGUUUCCCUUCCCAGCUCUUCACUGAAGGAAUCCUGGUUCAAACUCCUGGUCUGCUGUUCCUGUUUCACAUAUCCCAUGGUGUCAUCAUCUGAGCUUGGGACUAAACCACAACCACCUUUGAACUACAGCCCUACGAGGGGCUGUGUGCAGCCAGGAGUGAACCCUUGCCUGGAAACAGGAAUGAUUUAACAACUUUGGGAUCCAGGGAAUUCUAGAUGGGGAUAAGAAGAGCCGAAUCUAAAAGUUUAGACUCAUUUUGGUUCAGUUUCGUCCAUGUGAGAAGAAAAAUGUUACUGGUUUUAAGCCUGGCUCUUGCUGUAAGCAGGCUUUCUGCCCGCAGGAGAUGGAGAAAGGGAAGAGAAAAGUCUUUGAUUUGUUGGUGUCCGUAAAAAAGAGUUUGUAA